AUGUUUGCAAAAGUUUCUCUCUUCUUAAACUUCGCUAUCCUUCUUUUGGAAUCAUCCAAUGUAUUGUCGGCUCCGAUCAUUAUUACUCCAACAACCCAUUUCGAGAAACGUGGAAUCACCCCAUUUUUCUCUGGAAUCACGCCAUUUUUCUCUGGAAUCGUACCAUUUGGCCCGGCAGCUAAUAGUUUAGAGAAUAUUAAUUUUGCUGAUAACAACUUUGCUGCAUCGACUUCACCCGGAUUCAUCAACGGAUUCUUCGGUCCAACUAGCGUUGCUGAUUCCACAAAGCACGCUCAUGUUGCCGCGUUAGAUAAUGCUUUCAUUAAACGUACACAUAUAGCCCCCGUUUUUGGGCAGUUCGGCCCAGAAGCUGAAAAACUCGAUAAGAUCUUUUUCGCCGAUAACGUAUUUGCUGCAUCAUCAUCUAAUCCCAGUUUAUUUGGUACAACUAGCGUUGCUGAUUCCGCAAAAAAGGCUCAUGUUGCCGCGUUUGAUAACGCUUUCAUUAAACGUACACAUGUAACACCUUUUGAGUUUUUCGGUCCAGAAGCUGAGAAAAUUGAGCAAAUUAACUUUGCUGACCACAAUUUUGCUGCAUCGAGUGCACCCGGCUUCUUCGGUCCCACAACUAGUGUUGCUGAUUCUGCGAAAGAAGCUCUGGUUUUCACUUUUGAUAACGCCAUGAAUAAACGUGCUCCUGUAAUCCCUUUUUUCCCCGAAGCUGAAAAAAUAGAGAAAAUUCUUUUCGCUGAUGACGUAUUUGCCGCAUCAUCAUCUACUCCCGGAUUCUUUGGUCCAACUAGCAUUGCUGAUUCCUCUAAAAAAGCUCACGUUGCCGCGUUUGAUAACGCUUUCAUUAAACGUGAUCCUUCAGUUGUUCAUCCCCUCCAAUUUUUGGGGCCGGAUGCUGAAAAACUCGAGCAGAUCAUAUUCGUCGAUAACAACUUUGCUGCGUCGAAUUCACAUGGAUUCUUCGGUCCAACUAGCGUUGCCGAUUCCUCAAAAAUGGCUAAUGUUGCCGCUUUUGAUCAUGCUUUCGAUUAG